CCGAGCCUGGGAGGCAGUCCAGUCGCCUGGCAGGUUGAGGGCAGGUGCAGACAGGUACGGCUGAGCUGAGCCGUUAGAGUCCGGGAAGCCAGCGCCUGCCACUGCGCCCCCAGGCCCCUGCCAUCUCUGCCGAGGCUGCCCAGAGGGCCCCCGCCAGCCCUCGCCGCCGCCGUCAUGUCUAUGGGCUUGGAGAUCAUCGGGGUGUCCCUGUCCGUGCUGGGCUGGCUGGGCACCAUCGUGUGCUGCGCGCUGCCCAUGUGGCGGGUGUCGGCCUUCAUCGGCAGUAGCAUCGUGACGGCGCAGAUCAUGUGGGAGGGCCUGUGGAUGAACUGCGUGGUGCAGAGCACCGGCCAGAUGCAGUGCAAGGUGUACGACUCGCUGCUGGCGCUGCCCCAGGACCUGCAGGCCGCGCGCGCCCUGCUCGUCGUGGCCAUCCUGCUGGCGGCGCUCGGGCUGCUCGUGGCCCUGGUGGGCGCGCAGUGUACCAACUGCGUGCAGGAUGAAACGUCCAAGGCCAAGAUCACCAUCGUGGGAGGGGUGAUCUUCCUGCUGGCCGGCGUGCUCACCCUCAUCCCGGUGUCGUGGUCAGCCAACACCAUCAUCCGGGACUUCUACAACCCGCUGGUGCCCGAUUCGCAGAAGCGAGAGAUGGGCGCGGGGCUCUACGUGGGCUGGGCCGCCUCGGCGCUGCAGCUGCUCGGCGGGGCGAUGCUCUGCUGCUCCUGCCCGCCGCGGGAAAAGAAGUACACGCCCGCCAAGAUCCUCUACUCAGCCCCUCGGUCCACCGCCACCACGGCCGCCGGCUUGCCCAGCGCCUACGACCGCAAGGACUACGUGUGAGCGCGCCGGGCCACUGGCCGGACUGAAGGGCGGGAGGGCGCGCCCCCCACGGGGCCCCGGCCACCUUGCUGUGGACUAAGCCGUGCCGGCCAGACCGACCGGCGAAGGCGGAGGGCUUCCGCGGCCCAGGACUCGUCCUCGAGCUGCCUACGGGGUGGCCGCACAGUGGACACUGGGAGCCCGACCUUGGGGCCACUGCCCCGUCCGUCCUCCCCGCCACUCCCAACCCCCACGUCGGGCCGCAGCCCUCAGAGCCUGGACUGGUGGGUGAGGAGCGCCGGCGGCCGCGCGCUGCUGGGCACUGGGAGGAAGGGGACCGGACGGAAGGGAAGGGAAGGGGUUUUUCAAUAAAAUGUUUCGUUUCGCA